UGUCACUGGGUGGAGCGCGUGCCUCCCCGUUCCGCUCCAGGAUUUGACGUGUCGUCUGUUUUUCUACACUUCCUGCUUCCUCCAUGACUGUUUUGAGCCAGCAGUUGUGUCUGAAAACACAUCGGUAGGAAUCGUUAAACGUGGCAAUGGUGUGAAGUUUUGGGAUCGGCGGUGGUGUGUGUGAUUCUGGUUAAAGUCUGAGCUUUGAUCGCUGUCAAUCAUGCAGUUCUCUCCCACCAACGGAGAUUUUACCUUCGUUUCAUCGACAGACGCUGAAGAACUCAGCGGUACAAUUGAUGCCCCGGAUGUCACACUUAACAUGGGCCCAGAAACAACAAAGGACACCUAUGCUACCACUUUCCUGAGGCAGAGGGGUUAUGGAUGGUUGCUUGAGGUGGAUGAAGAAGAAUCGGAGGACACUAAGCCGCUCCUGGAGGAGUUGGAUAUUGAUCUGAAGGACAUCUACUACAAAAUCAGAUGUGUGCUGAUGCCCAUGCCCUCACUGGGAUUCAACAGACAGGUAGUGAGGGACAACCCUGACUUCUGGGGGCCACUGGCUGUUGUACUGCUCUUCUCUAUGAUCUCCAUCUACGGACAGUUCAGGGUUGUUUCCUGGAUUAUUACGAUCUGGAUAUUCGGUUCUUUGACGAUUUUUCUCCUCGCAAGAGUGCUGGGUGGAGAGGUGUCUUACGGGCAAGUCCUUGGAGUGAUCGGAUAUUCAUUGCUCCCACUCAUUGUUAUAGCUCCACUUUUUCUGGUCAUUGGGGGUUUUGAAGUUGUCUCUACAUUCAUAAAGCUUUUCGGAGUGUUUUGGGCUGCGUACAGUGCUGCAUCUUUACUUGUGGGUGAUGAAUUCAAAACAAAGAAACCCCUCCUCAUAUAUCCCAUCUUCCUUUUGUACAUCUAUUUCCUGUCCUUGUAUACUGGAGUCUGAUUUCACCACAGGCUUUGAUUGGCUCGUUGCUUGGACAUUGACUGUUUGACACUGACUGUGAGGAGAUGCACAGCAGUGAUUUCCCAUAAAGACUGUGGAGUUAGCUUUAUCCUCAUUUCUUUUUAUGUUCUUUUACUGUGUUUAAAGUCCUAUAUGCUAUGGGGUAAUUAGGUGUACAGACAUUCGUGUAUUUAACCGGUUCCAUCAAUUUUGUACACAAUUAAAAGCCGCAUCUUUUACUGUGGAAGCCCUGUUUUCACUGUGCCACAGAAUUCUGGAGUCCAACGGAAAAAUAAAUAUGAUUCAAACAAGGGAUUCUCACAUUUUAUAUUGUUAAAGAAUUAUGUAACUCAGCACAUAACUCAUGUGAAAAAAACGAAUGGUGUAAGCUUAAGGUAAAUAGGGUUUUCUGUUAAAGGGUGACCCAGUGCCAGUUUUUUAUGGUUCACAAAAUUCUGAAUUUUAAUUGUAAUUUAUGAAAUUCCAAACAGAAACGUUGUAUGUAGGCAGUACAGCUUGCAUUAAAAAUGUCUUCUAAGAA